GUGGGUUGUACGCCGCCUGAGAGGAUGGCGGUGGCAGCGACGGGCACGGCCGCUUGGACGUGGCUGCUGCGGGCCCCCACCGCCACUGAGCUGCUGCUGGCGGUCCUGUGCUGGCUGGGCUGCUACUGGCUCCUGCGGCGGCCGCGGGUGCCGCCGGGGCUGCCGCCGGGCCCGGCGCCCUGGCCGCUGGUGGGCAACUUCGCCUUCGCCCUGCUGCCGCCGCCGCUGCUGAGGAGGUGGGCGGUGGAAGUGUGGGGCUGCGGCCGGGGCUCCCCCGCCUUCUCCCCCCACGUUUUCCUCACCGGCCUCACCAGGAUGUACGGCAGCGUCUUCCGGCUCUUUGUGGGCAGCCGCCCCUUCAUCGUCCUCAACACCUUCGGGGCGGUGCGGGAGGCGCUGGUGCAGAAGGCGGAGGUGUUCAGCGACCGGCCUUCCGUCCCCAUCGUCCUCAUGAUCACCCGCAAGAAGGGUGUUAUUUUUGCACCUUAUGGCCCUGUCUGGAAGCAACAGAGGAAAUUCUCUCUCUCAACACUGCGUCAUUUUGGAGUAGGAAGACACAGCUUGGAGCCUAAAAUAAUUGAGGAACUGAAAUUUAUAAAGGAUGAAAUGCUGAAGCAUGGAAAGGAUCCAUUUAAUCCCUUUCCGAUCAUUCGCAAUGCCGUGUCCAACGUUAUCUGUUCCAUGGCCUUUGGCAGGCGUUUUAACUAUGAAGAUGUUGAGUUCAAGACGAUGCUGAAGAACAUGGCCCGCGCACUGGAGCUAAGCGUGAACAGCUAUAUGAUCCUGGUCAAUAUCUGCCCUUGGCUGUACUACCUUCCCUUUGGGCCUUUCUGGGAACUUAGGAAAACAGAAUUAGAUAUUACUGCUUUUCUAAAGAAAAUAAUUGCACAGCACAGGGAUACACUGGAUGCAGCAAAUCCCAGGGACUUCAUUGAUAUGUACUUCAUCCAUGUGGAAGAAGAAAAGAACAACAAGGAGAGCAGUUUUAAUGAAGACUACCUAUUUUUUAUCAUUGGUGACCUCUUCAUCGCAGGCACAGACACUACUUCCAACACGUUACUGUGGUGCCUGCUCUACAUGUCUCUCUACCCAGACAUACAAGAGAAGGUUCAUGCAGAAAUUGAAGCAGUUCUAGGACGUGACAAAGUUCCCUCUCUUACCCACAAGGCUCAAAUGCCCUUCACAGAGGCAACCAUUAUGGAAGUGCAGAGGAUGACUGCGGUUGUUCCCCUUUCUAUUCCUCGUAUGGCCUCAGAAACUGCUGUGCUGCAGGGAUAUACUAUUCCUAAGGGUAGUGUGAUCAUACCCAACUUGUGGUCGGUACACAGAGAUCCUAACAUUUGGGAAAAACCAGAUGAAUUUCAACCAUCGAGAUUUCUGGAUGAAAACGGCCAGCUAAUUAAGAAAGAGGCAUUCAUUCCUUUUGGAAUGGGUAAACGUGUGUGCAUGGGAGAGCAGUUGGCAAAAAUGGAGCUGUUCUUAAUUUUUGCAAGUCUAAUGCAAAGUUUUACCUUUUUGUAUCCUGAAAAUGCUGCAAAGCCAUCUAUGGAGGGAAGGUUUGGCCUAACUUUAGCUCCAUGUCCGUUCAAUAUAAUAGCUUUGAAGAAAUGAUAUAACAUCAAAAAAGAAAGAUAAAAGAAAGAAGUACUGCACUUUUAAAAUCCAGCUUUGUUUCCAGCUUACUUUGUUACUUUCUUUCCAGAAAAACACCAGCUGCAUAGGCUUUCAUAGUCAGUGAGAAUGAUCCAUUUGCACUUCUGGAAAGAGAAGAUUUUUUUGUCAGCUGUUGCAUUCCACAAAUGAACUGUCAGCAUAGUUUGCAAUUUGAUAUUAAAACUUGCUGGGCUUAACGCUUCUGUCUAUAAGCUAUUACUGUCAGUUUGUCAAAUAAUAAUUAUGGGAGAAUGGUCCAAAACAUCUGCUAAUACUUUAGCAAAUAGUAAUUGUCAUUUUGGUAAAAGCAGUAAGUAAAGAUUUAAUUUACAAAUGAUUGAAGGACAUCCUCUAGUACCAAAAUGAUUAAUGAAUGAGAGGGUACUAGUGCUUUCUGUGUAAUGAAACAUAACUGAGCUUAAAUAAUGACAAAUACUUUUUGGAAAUCACUAAAUGAUACUUCUUUUAACCUUGGAGGAUUCUAUCUUGCAAGUAACCUAUAGGUGUAGAUUGGAUCGAAUCAGUCUGGAUCCAAACAUUCUUGACUAUCAGGGCUCACUAGAAACAAGCAGGUACCAACUCUAAAAAUCCCAGGCUUGGAGGUCAAGCGAACCAUUGAAUAUACCACGUUCUUUAACGUGAAAGGAAUGUGCAGUGUCUGGAUGCAGAUGUUUUGGUUGAGAAGGCAAAUGAGAGCGGAUUUCUCUAACAAGAAACAGCAGGAGUCUGUUCUCUCUGGUGCCAAGUAGAUAUUCAAGACGACAUCUGUGCUGCCACUUCGCAUUCGCUGUUUUCCCCAUGUCAGCAGUGGCAUCUUGUUCUCUGGCUGCGGUCUGGACAAAACCAACAGCCCGCUCAUUGAGGAAAACUCUUAAGUGCAUAAUCCUGAAGGUGGUGCUUGCACUCACAUUUUUAAUUUACAGGCACUGUGGACAGUACUGCCACAACCUGUUUGGCUUUGAGAACUGGAGUCUUACUUCAAAUACGGCAUCAAUAUGGCACUACAGAUGUAGGUCUUACGCCUUCAGGCAUGGAACAUGAGGAAUCUGACAAACUGGAGGUUUGAGUAUAAAAGGCUUUCUCUAUCUUCCAUAUGGAGCAAAAAGAUCUAUGGUUCAUAGAAUAUUAGUGUAUCAGUACCUUACUCUUUUCACAUGCAAAAAACCCCCUGUCGUUGGGUGUUUCGGAAAAGGGCACUCAAUUUUGCCUUUUAUUUGAAAAAUCUCUCAAAUAUCAAAAGUGAUCUUUUGGAGGACAUAUAACAAUUAACUUUUAAAUAAUUGUUAUUAAUUAUCCUUAAAUGUCUUUAUACGCCUUUUGAUCUAGCAGAAUUUCAUAUCGGAUGAAGUACAUACGUACUCUUCUAAGGAAAUGUUUUUUUCCCCUCGCUGGAGAUCUGGAAAACACUAGCAGCCUCCUAAUGUCAAGUUUACAAGACUGGAAUGUGAAAUUGACUGUAAAGUGGAAGUGGGUAUUCCAUAGCAGAAACUAAGCCUAAAUUGUAAAAGAAGAGUCAACUCUUCAGCUUUAAUCUCUGUUUUUGUCACUUUUAAAAGCCAGGUAAUGCCUAGCAAAGACUGUAAGAUAGUUAUUUUGGAUUUAAAUUAAGGUUUUCUGUUAGCUGUUUUGAAUAACAAAGUGGCUUAAUUUCUGAACAAUAUAUUUGGUUGGUCAGGUAUCCCACUGUUUGCUAAGAACUUCCAGUUCUUACAAAGGCUAACUUUUGAGUUUAUAGGUUAGCCCAUGCUCAUGUUAAAUGUUUUCUUUAUAUGAAAUUUUUGAAAACCCCAUAGCACAAUAAAAAGUUGUUUGGUACUAAUGCUAGUGAACUUGCACUAAAAGCUGACAGUAUUGGAGUAAUAAGCAUUUAUUUCUUUAACUCUGUAUUUUUCCAAUAUAUAUAUAGAUUCUGUACAGUUGGGAUUUUUGUCUGGAAAUUCUUAAAAUGAUAUAUGCUUAAUUGCAAAGCUAAAAUUAAGUGCUGAUAAUAUUUAUCUUUCUGUUGAAAUGCCUCUUUAAGCAACAUAAUGAUGUUGGUGUGCAACUAAUCACUUAUAUAAAAUACCUGUCCUUUUAAUCAAUGAGGACACAUUUGAAAAGCACUUUAGUAUUUUUUAUUUUUUGUACAGAUUCCAAAGAAGACACAAUUCACAUAAUUCCCUAGUAUGUGGAAUUGUACAUACUUGUGCUCGUUUUGCCUGCUGGGUUUAGUUUAAAAUGUCACCUUUGCAAACUGUCCUUCUACAAAAUAGUGCUUUGAGAUGUGGUUUUUGAUGAUACCUAUAAUCAAGCACUGCAUAGCAUGACAAGCUAAAAAUACUGAUGUGAAGGUGCAACUGUGUCAAUGUCUGCCAGAAUGCAAGAUGCUGUUGGAAAUGCCAGUAAAGACCUGCCUUUCAUGCCUUCCAGAUGCACUGAAAUUUUCACAGGAUGCCAUGAAAGUAGCUAAACAAUAGCAUAAAAACAACAAAAUGUUUGUAGAUUUAAAAAUGUGUUGCCAUCUUUAGUAAACUGUAAGUAAAGUGGUAGCAGAUUUGCUUUGUGUUUGUAAAUGUAUCCUUCCCCUCCCUUUUUUAGCAGAGGAAGCAUCUCAAAUGCCUUAUUGAAAAAUAUAUGUUUAUUUAAGUGGAUGGCUAUUUCUGAAUGCUUGAAAAUGUCUUUAUUUCUAAAAAUGACUUCAGACUUUGCUUCAGUGUAAUUUUAUUUUUAAUAAAGUAAUUCCCAAAUAAG